CCAGAUGAUGGACAUAACCGAAACAACAAUCACCUGAAAAAUAUAUUAACAUUUAAACCACACACAACAAACGAGCGAGAACAUGUUAAACUGGCUAAUGAUAAUGGGGCUGCUGCAAUGGGUCCGGGGGGAAGAUGUUUCAACCGAUUCAACCUACCCAAACACCACUAAUUGGUACGGAUCGAAUGGGAGUCUCUACACCACAGAGCUGAGCCAGAGGUGGGACAGUGGCAGCUCCAUGAACCGCCCAGAGGAACCACUUUAUAGCACCGAUCUGCCAACCUACGAGCAUUGCAUAGCCACCAGGAACUCCCUGGCGGAUCUAUUCACGGUGGUGCUGUAUGGGCUGGUGUGCAUUGUGGGGCUCUUUGGCAACACCCUCGUCAUCUAUGUGGUGCUGCGGUUCUCCAAGAUGCAAACGGUGACCAAUAUCUAUAUCCUAAAUCUGGCCAUAGCGGAUGAGUGCUUCCUGAUUGGCAUACCCUUCCUGCUCUACACAAUGCGCAUCUGCAGCUGGCGCUUCGGGGAGUUCAUGUGCAAGGCGUAUAUGGUUAGCACCUCCAUCACAUCCUUCACCUCUUCGAUCUUCCUGCUCAUCAUGUCGGCGGACAGGUACAUAGCCGUCUGUCAUCCGAUAUCCUCGCCCCGAUAUCGCACCCUGCACAUAGCCAAGAUCGUGUCGGCGGUGGCCUGGUCCACAUCCGCAGUGCUGAUGCUCCCAGUGAUCCUUUAUGCCAGCACAGUCGAGCAGGAGGAUGGCAUCAACUACUCGUGCAACAUAAUGUGGCCGGAUGCGUAUAAGAAACAUUCGGGAACCACUUUUAUACUGUACACAUUUUUUCUGGGCUUCGCCACGCCGCUCUGUUUCAUUCUCAGUUUCUACUAUCUGGUCAUACGGAAACUGAAGUCAGUGGGGCCCAAACAGGCGACCAAGUCCAAGGAGAAGCGGCGGGCCCAUCGCAAGGUCACACGACUGGUGCUGACCGUCAUCACGGUCUACAUCUGCUGCUGGCUGCCACACUGGAUGUCCCAGCUGGCCCUGAUCAACUCCAACCCGGCUCAGCGCGAUCUGUCCCGCCUAGAGAUACUCAUCUUCCUGCUCCUCGGCGCCCUGGUCUACUCCAAUUCGGCCGUCAAUCCCAUACUCUACGCAUUUCUCAGUGAGAACUUUCGGAAGAGCUUCUUUAAGGCAUUCACCUGCAUGACCCAGCAGGAUAUCAAUGCCCAGCUACACCUGGAGCCGAGUGUGUUCACCAAGCAGGGCAGUCGUCGGCGGGGUGGCUCCAAGCGACUGCUGACCACCAAUCCGCAGGUGCCGCAGCUGCUGCCCAACAAUGCGGGAAACAAUAAUUCCUCAACCGCCACCUCCUCCACAACGACAGCGGAGAAGACGGCAUCGACAGGGGCACAAAAAUCGAGUACUUCCAAUGGCAAAUUAGCUACAGCUCCUACAGCCACCAAGGAACCGGAAAAUCUGAUCAUUUGCCUGAGGGAGCAGCAGGGGGAGGCCUUCUGCACCAUGGCCAGGAGGAGUUCCGGGGCGAUGCAGCAAACGGAUUUGUAACUAACUUUAAGAUAUAGUAACUACCUAAUCGAUGGCCGUGGGGAAAGGCAUUUAAUUCUGUGAGCUAAUCUUUUCUACCCAACAAACAAUCUAGUGAACUUUCCCGUGCAAUACGUAAUUUGAGUAGGGACUUUGCCAAUAUUAAUGAUUAACCACAAUGUGUCCCAACUUGGAUAUCUAUAUGGAAUCCUAUCGAAUUCUAUACCACACAACGAACAAUGGAAAGAAAAUGGAACUGAAAUAUUUUAAUGGGUGAAAGGGGAGAACAAAA